CCGAUAAGAACGCAAGGCAGCGAGUCUAUCGAUAGCAGCAUGACAACCAAACCACUUUGAGUUUGGGAGCGGAGGAGUAACAAGGUUGGAGAUGGCAAAGGGCUUCGAGGCGCUCGAAAGGGAAGACCCGCCCAACGUGCCGCCUCCCGAGGCUUUGCCAGUUAAGAACAUAGUGCGAUUUCUCGCUGUUACGUCCCUUCUCUCUAUUUUCUUGUUGGCUGUCACGAGUGGCAUUGAAGACGAUAAUGGCAUCAUGGCUGAGGACGACAUCCUGAAUGCUGCUGAUUCCAGUUUCACAAACCCCCUCUCGUUUGGGACCAUGACGAUGUACUGGGACCAGCGUAGUGCCCAGAUGGCUCUUGUGCAGAAUAAUGUACGUGUGACAGGAGUUCAGGCCUCAGACCUUGAGUUGCUGCAGAUUCAGCAAGUGAGUCGUCAUGGAAGCAGAUUUCCAAUGGACAAUACGAUGCGAGAGAUCGCGGAGCUGCUGUAUAGGCUGCAGGCGAAUUACUCGAGCGUCCUCCCAGAGUGGUUGAAGGAGUAUUCACUGCCUUAUAACAUGUCAGUUGCCGGUGCCUUGUCAUCCACUGGCUAUGAUGAGCUCGCAGCGUUGGGAAGACGAACUCGGGAUUCCGUGGGCUUCGCAAUUCCAACAAAAUUCGACAACAAGCAGUUCAUCCUAGCACACACGUUUAAGGAACGCACGGGUGAUAGUGCGAAAGCGUUUGCAAGCACAUUCUUCGAUAACCCAAACCACGUUAAGUACAUUGAGUACGCCAAGGGAAAGGACCCGCUUCUUCGCUUCUACGACAUUUGCGACCGGUACCUUGCAGAGGUGAAGCACAAUCCGAACGCCUCCGCUGAACUCAAAGCCUACGGGAGUUCGAGUCAAAUGAAUGCGAGCAUUGCUGAUCUCAAAUCGCAGCUAAACCUGCCUGACAGUGCGAACCUCAGCGUCACGGAUGUCCGUGCCGCCUUUGCAGCUUGCGCAUUUGACAUCAUGUAUGGUAUCACAAGUCACUGGUGCUCUCUCAUGGAUGAAGCGUUCUUGAACCGCCUUGACUACGCUGAGGACCUCGAAGCUUUCUACGAACAGGGUGCGGGUUACAAGAUCAAUUACGAAAUGGCCGCCGUCUUGCUUCAAGACAUCCACAAAUUUAUGAAAAUGUUCAUAUCUGGUGAGACCGAGGUGGUCGGCAACCUACGCUUUGGUCACGCGGAGACGACGCUGCCCCUAAUGACACUUCUUGGCUAUGGUGAUCGCACCAAGCUCCUCGCAUCGUGGACGGACGAUCAAAUCAACUCCCGAGGCUUCCGUACUUCUGUGCUCUCUCCUACCGCCUCCAACAUCGACUUCCGUCUAUAUCGAGGAAAGGACCAGAAAUACUACGUGUCGGUGUGGAUUCAAGAAGUCGAGGCACCCUUACCCGGGUGCGAUGGUGAGAUGUACUGCGAGUUGUCCAAAGUCGAGAAACUCUGGAGCUACUACCUCAACGACUACAACUUCAAGACCGAUUGUUCCUUUCCGAAGAGGGGCAAGAAAAACCCCAAACAGUAAACACAUUGACAGCUCGCCUAGAAUUAAAGGAUAAUUUGUCCAUUCACUUUUUUUUUAAA